AUGUCCGAGGAGGUGUUCUACCAGCUCCCCCGUCACCAGAGUCCUCAUCUGUCACUCUCUCGACUGCAUCACACUGGGUCCCUCUCCUCAAGCACGUGGCCCGUGAAAAUAGAUCCCGUGCCUCUCAGCCACUGGGGUCUGAAGAAAGAAGAGAAGGGUCCAGGCCACGGGAUUCAGGAGGCCACGCCACCUCUUCAGAACUCCUGGAUCCUUAAUCCUGAACUCAAGACCUUGAUAAGUUUCCUUUUGGUGCCUCCAUAUGACCUGCUACCAUUUCCCUUUCUGUCAGUGCACGGCCAAGGCGGAGUCCGAUUCCAGAACUGGGCCAAGACCUACGGCUCCUCUCCAGAACUGUAUUUCCAGCCGGCAACGGUGGACGAGGUCAAAGAGAUCUUGGCUCUUGCCCGGCAGAAAAAUAAGAAAGUGAAAGUGGUCGGGGGUGGACACUCGCCGUCGGACAUCGCCUGCACGGAUGACUUCAUGGUCCAGAUGGGGAAAAUGAACAAGAUCCUCAUGGUGGACAAAGAGAAGAAGCAGGUGACCGUUGAGGCCGGAAUCUUGCUCCGUGAUCUGAACGUGGAGCUGAGCAAACAUGGCCUGGCUUUACCCAUUCUAGGAGCUGUUUCCGAGGUGGCCGCGGCCGGGGUCAUUGGCACCGCCACGCACAACACGGGCAUCCGGCACGGCAUCCUGGCCACUCAGGUCGUCUCCUUGACCCUCUUGACCGCUUCGGGGGAAAUCUUGGAGUGCUCCAAGUCUGUGAACCCCGACCUCUACCAAGCCGCCUGCGUCCACCUGGGCUGCUUAGGGAUCCUCCUGACCGUCACCUUCCAGUGCGUGCCGGAAUUCUACCUGCAAGAGACCACCUUCCCGUCUACUCUCCAAGAGGUCCUGGACAACUUAGACAGCCACCUGAAGAAAUCAGAAUAUUUCCGAUUCCUUUGGUUUCCCCACAGCGAGAACGUGAGCGUCAUCUACCAAGACCACACCAACAAGCCGCCGUCUUCCUCCACGACCUGGUUUUGGGACUAUGCCGUUGGAUAUUACCUGCUGGAGUUUCUUCUUUGGAUCAGCACCUUCCUGCCGUUCUUGGUUACUUGGAUCAACCGCUUCUUCUUCUGGCUCCUCUUCACCAGCAAAGUGGAAAACGUCAAUGUGAGCUACAAGAUUUUCAACUACGAGUGCCGUUUCAAGCAGCACGUCCAGGAUUGGGCCAUUCCUAUUGAGAAGCGCGAGGAGGCUCUUCUGGAAUUGAAGGAGGUCCUGGAGAACAACCCCAAAGUGGUCGCCCAUUAUCCAGUGGAAGUGCGAUUCACUCGGGGGGACGACUUCCUGUUGAGCCCCUGUUUCCAGAGGGACAGCUGCUACCUCAACAUCAUCAUGUACAGACCCUACGGGAAGGAUGUCCCCCACCUUGACUAUUGGCUCGCCUACGAAGGGAUCAUGAAGAAGUUUGGAGGGAGACCACACUGGGCAAAGGCUCACACCUGCACCCGGAAGGACUUUGAGCGGAUGUAUCCGAGCUUCCAGGAAUUCUGCUCCAUCAGGGAGAAACUGGACCCCAGAGGAAUGUUCAUGAACACCUACCUGGAGAAGGUCUUCUACUGAGCAAUGGAACGGAGAAGAUAACGACGGAGGGUGGGGGAAAAGACUCACUAGAAGGGUUUGGAGAAGUUAUUGUCAUGAUGGGUGGGUAACACUCGUCUGCUAAAGUCUGAUCACAAACCAAGCUGCCAAAAAAAUAUCGCCCUGCUUUUUAAGGAUGGUCCAGGCCAGGAAAAAAAAAUGCUAUUUAAUAUGGGAAGAGUACAUGGGGGGGGGUUGUACAAAAAUAUUAAUAAAGCAAUAACCUUAUUAGCACCAACUAAUAGCAGAAGGGGACACCAAGAAGGUCUCCCACCCCUUUCUUUGAGUUCAUGACAGGUCAUUUCCUGGGAGUCACACCUUAUGUGCUCAGGGAGAAAACAGGCAAAAUGCCAGCUGACUGGAAGGCAAUAAAACAUUUAUCCCUCCAAAUACGCCUUUCUUCAAAGCAUUUGAGAUGGCAAAACCAGCACACCAACGAAUUCCAGACUUCUCUCCCAUGAGCAAUCGUUCAGGGGAGAUUGCAAGCGAACCUGCAACUUGUUUUGAACAGUAGAAAAAUGCUUCUAAUUGUCCUCUCUCUGUUUUUGCCCUCAGUCUGUUUUGCUUUCUUAAGAUCAUCCCUCUACGUUGUUUUUCUCUUUUUUCCUUGAGACACUCAAGGAAGGAAGAGAAGCAAGACAUGGUCCCGGCUGAGCUUGCAAGAGCAAAAAAAA